CGCCGGGAGGGGAAGCGGCGGGGCCGCACGUGGGUCUUUUCUGCAUCUCUUUAAUGCCCGGACCUAGUCCCUGGCGCAUGGAGCCCACGCGAGACUAUCCGCUGUUUGGGGGCGCCUUCUCCGCCACUCUCCCUCCCGGGGCCAUCGAUGUGAGCGACCUCCGGCCGGUCCCGAACAAUCAGGAAGUCUUUUGCCAUCGCGAGACGGACCAGAGCCUGAUCGUGGAACUUCUGGAGCUGCAGGCCCACGUGCAGGGAGAGGCGGCUGCGCGAUACCACUUUGAGGACUUUGGCUGGGUGCAGGAGGCUAGGGCUAUGCAAGUGGAGACUGUGCAGCCCCUCCUUUUGGAGAAUCUGGCCCUGAGGGGCUUCUGUCAAGAAGCCUGGGUCCUCUCUGGCAAGCAGCAGGUGGCUAAGGAAAACCAGCAGGUAGCAAAGGACGUGACUGUGCACCAGGCCUUGCUGCGGCUGCCCCAGUACGCGACUGAUCUCCUGCUCACCUUCAGUCAGCCCCCCCCUGACAACAGGUCAUCUCUUAGCCCUGAAAAUCUGCCACUUCCGCCCUGGAGCCUGGGUGACUUUGAACAGCUGGUGACCAGUCUGACCCUUCACGAUCCUGACAUCUUUGGUCCCCAGUAAAGAUCCUGGAAUCUUGCGUGAAGCUGCCGAGACACAUGGGGCCCCUUUCUGUAAGGGGAAUGGGGGGGGGUUGGAGAUAGUCCCCUCAUUCCUUCCCUGUGCAUUAACAUAAGACACCUCCUGUCUGCAGCAAUAAACUUGCUUUAUACCUAA